CCCACAAUCCUGGAGCUCCCUUGCACUUUAGUCAGUUCCCAAGGUCAGGUCCAAGCUAGGUGAGAGGUUAGCUCGGCCAUUUCUCAUUUCAAGACGCUUAGUUAGUAACGCUGCUGGAUAGCAUUCAAAAAGGUCAGGCCUGGACCGUUGAGGCCCAGGCUAGCGAAUACAGUUCGAUUAGAUCAAUGCUGCGUAGCGGUCAGUCCUCCCCCAGAGUUUCACGAUUCCCACUGUCGGAUCGCCUAGUCCUAACGCUUGUUUUUCGACGGCUGCAACCCUAAAUGUGAUCGCGUCUCGGUUUGACGUCUUUAGUUCGUUCCGUAAGCGGUCUUGGUUUGGUCUGCGUGCACCAGACAAGUUGAUCAUUUAUGUCUCCUUGACACAGCUCUAUUCAGCUCCAUUUAGGGAGAUCGUUGCCAUGCUCAUAAUACGAUCGCGCGCGUAAAGGACGUAGGAGUUGUACAGCGCGAGGAUGGCGGGGCUAGAGGCGGCGCCAUCGGCGGGGUAUGGCGAGGAGAGGGCGAGGAGCGCCUCUUACCCUCGCGGCGAGUCGGAGCCGGGAUCAGACCGAAGGAACCGCCGGAGACCCAGCGGGGGCCUGUCGACGUCGGCCAUAGAGCAGAUGUCGAAAGAGGUGAAGCUGAUGGGGUGGCUGUACAAGCAGUCCAAGUCGCGCCCCUUCGGCCACCACUGGGCGCGCCGCUACUUCGUGCUACGGGCGCAGCGGAUCAGCUACUUCAGAAGCCUGCCGUGGCAGCACGAGAUUGAGUUUGAUCCGACGCCCGGACGUCGCGUGGAGGUCACAGGCCGAAUGAUUCCAGUGAAGGAGUUUGACCUGACGCCCAGAUGCCGCGUGGAGGACACAGGCCGAAUUUCCACCAACACUAAGGAGCUCUACACUUUCUGUAUACACCCAGAGCUCCCCAAGCCUUGUUUGGUGGGGACAAAGGACCCUGAGCUCGUGGCUGUGUGGAUGCAAGCAAUCCGAGAGACAAUAGAGCAUAAUGUGGCGCCAACCAUCAGGAUGCCUCUGACUCGCCCCACCAGCACUAACAGCCUGUCGGACGAGGAGGAGGGAGAGACACCACCUCACCCCACCAUGGCCUCCCCCAGGUGCCGUGACUCCAUGGACAGUGCAGAGCCCUUUGAUGCAGAAGAGAUGGCGGGAGACGACCUGCCAACACCGCAGCGGGUGCUGCUCGACAGAAGAGGGUCCAUCGGAUUCGGACCCCCCAUGGAGCUGGGUGGCAUGCUCGAGGCCAUGGUGGCCAUGCGCAGUGCAUCAACGGCAUCAGGGAUCGCAUCCGACGGCUCCUGGCGGCUCAUCAAGCUAUCCAACGGCCUGCGCUUCUUUGAGGAGCUCAACGAGGAGCGGGGGCAAGCCGGCAUGUGUGGCAGCCUGCCCUGCCUGAGUGCGGUGGGCACGGUGGACGCACCCAGCGAUGCCGUCUUCAGACUCGUGCUCGACCUCUCCUCCUCCCGCAACGAGUGGGACGUGGCAUAUGGUGGUGCUCGCAUGGUGGAGGCCCAAGACGGCCACACGGACUGCAUCCACUACCGCUUCCGCCCGCUGCCAGUCGGCCUCGGCCCGUUCACCCUCACAGCGCGCGACGUGUGCCUGCGGCGCUACUGGCAGCGCACGGGCGACGGGUGCUACGUGGUGCUGUACCAGUCGAUGGAGCACCCCCUCUGCCCCCCCGUCAUGGGGUGUGUGCGUGCCAACCUCACGUACGGCGGCUUUAUCAUCGCUCCCGCCGGGCCGUCGGCUAUCGGGCGAUCCGUGGUGAUGCAUGUGCUUCAGAUGGAUGCCAAAGGGCUGUUACCGAUGUGCUGCGGAGUGGCCACCGAGGUUCAUUUUUACCUGCUCUCGAGAGUGGCUGGGAUUCGGGAGUUUUUUGCGCAGACCAGGGGGGAUUCGCUGGCCGCGCUUCUGGGAUUGAGGGAGACGCAGGCUACAGCUGCUGCUACAGCCGCUGCUGUGGCCGCUGCGGAGGGGAGGGAGCGUGAGGGGGGCGGGAGGAAGGCGAGCCGGCGGGAGCGGGAGGAUGGGAGGAUUGUUCCUAUACCAGAGGGGGGUGAAGCAGAUGAGCUGGGGCGGUCUGGGAGGAGGGGCAGCAGCGGUGACUUUAUCGGGGGUGACUUUAGCGGGGGCAGCGACGCCGGGAGCAGCGUGUCAGAGCCCAUGCCUGGUGGUGCCUCGUUUUCAGGCCCAGCAUCGGCGCGGGUAGACGCAGCAGCGGCUGCCAAAGCCCUGCUGUCCGAAACCCUCCCGGUCGCCUCCCCCCGGUUCUGGCAGCUAGGGUCUCGGCCCCCCACAGGCUCUAGACUCGCAGGCGCGAGCGGCAGGAUAGCAGGGGCUGUGGACCCGUGGGCGUGGGCGUACAAGACCGGGAAUUUAGCCCGGGGAUCGCCGAUGGGGGGGAUUAAUUGCUGGAGCGAGGCAGAGGUGCGGAACUUUACAGUGCGGUCGAAGAGCUAUUUGACGGAUAAGAUGAAGCAGAGCGCGGGGCAGCCGGGGAUGUCACUGGUGGCUGUGGACUGGCUGAAGCGGGUGGAGCGGAUCGACCAUGUGGUGGAGCUCAAACGGACGCCCGUGCAUGGCAUGCGCGAGAUGAUGGCCAGCAAGGACGCCUCGUCGCGGCCAUACUUCUUCAUUGUGAAUAUGCAGGUGCCAGCAGCGCAGCAGUACAGCAUGGUGUUCUACUGGGCCAUGGAGGAGCAACCCACGGAUUCAUCCAUUCUGGGGCAGUUUAUCGACGGGGAUGACAUCUUCAGGAACACGCGGUUCAAGCUCAUCCCUCGCAUCCACCAGGGGGCGUGGGUGGUGAAACGGAGUGUGGGAACGACCCCGCUCAUCAUUGCGGGCGCUCUCACUGUGCAGUAUUUCAAAGGACCCGACUACUUUGAGGUGGAUGUGGACAUUGGGUCUUCAGCUGUGGCCAAUGGGGUGGUGCGCUUCGUGCUUGGAUAUGUCCGGACACUCAUCAUUGACAUGGCCUUCCUUAUCCAGGGGAACACGGAGGAGGAGCUUCCGGAGAAGCUUCUUGGAACCAUCCGCAUCUCGCAUCUAGAGCCCAACGCGGCAUUAGACUUGGACCUUGACAAUCCGGAGCCGCCCCUUCAUCAUGCGUCUUCGAAUGACCAUGCAUCUUAAUUGUAAAGAUGAUGUUAUUGGCAUUUAUUUCGUUUUCCCUUCCCUCAAUAUUGUCUGGAGAGGUCGGAUUAGGUUCCGUUUCUUCUCAGGUGUCCACAUGGCUGCACAAAAGGUCCAUUAUCAC